CGAUGAUGAGCGGUGGGUGGGGAGGGAGUGCUGCCCUUAUAAAAGGGGGAUGUCGGGGAAUGUGUUCCUCAGGUUUAGGGAUUGUAGUAGGGGACUUGCCCUGGAUGAUCAUGGGGCUCCUUCAGUGCCUCCAACCCUGUCUGCUCGCCGCCUGCCUCUGUGCCCUGGUCCGGGGCAGCCUGAGCCGGCCCGAAGGCUGGGGGUCCCUGAAAAACGAUGCGACAGAAAUCAUUCCCGAAUACCCGGAGGUCCCCACCGAGAUGCGGAAUCACAGCGUCAACCAGGCGAAACACGGAGGCAGACGGAGAAGCCAGUCCCUACAAGUGAGGGGUGCAACAGAAUUCAGCUGCAGAGAGCUCCGAUCCACCAGGUACAUAUCAGACGGCACAUGUCGCAGUGUGAAGCCAGUGAGGGAGCUGAUUUGCUCCGGUCAGUGUUUGCCUGCCCACCUCCUCCCCAAUUCCAUUGGCCGGGUUAGGUGGUGGAGCCGACAUCAGACCUCCGACUACCGGUGUGUGCCAGCCCACUCGCGCACCCAACGUGUCCGGCUGGAGUGCCAAAACCAGCAGACAAGGACCUACAAAAUCCAAGUGGUGACUUCCUGCAAGUGCAAAAGGUACUCCCGCCAUCACAACCAGUCGGACAAUAAGCAAUUUGGGAAGGGAGCUGUCUCGAGGCGGAGAAAGAGCAAGAAGAAAGCAACGCCCCCCAAAAACAGAGGCAAGGGCAACCACCAUGAUCAAGCUGACCGAUAUUAGAACUUUAUAUCAGGUUUCACAUGAUGCUUCACUUUAUGGAAAGUCAGUGCUGGAUGAAAAAUCAAUAUAGUUCCAUUUUCUAAAGCACUUACUCUAAGGUGCAUCUAAUCCAGCAUGUAGUAAUGAUUCUCUUAAAUCUGAAGGAGCAUUGCACUCCCUACUUAGUCUGGGGUUAAGUAUUUACAAACUGAAUAAAAUGUCCUGACAAAAAUAUAUUAUAGGAUCUCUUAUUCAAAAACGUCAUAGUGCUUCACUUACUUUUUGAAACAAAUUAUGCAUGUUUUAUGGAGAACCUAAAAAUGCUACUAUGUCUAGUAGUUUAUAAUAUUACUCUAUAGGACAGCUUUUAUACAGUAUUUAAUUUGGAAUGAAUGUUGGCACUGUUUACAAGUAUAAAUGUAGUUAAUCAGUUUGAAAAAGGCUCUGUGUCAUUUGAGCCGGUAACAGUUCAACUCUAGAUUAAACACCCAGGGAAGCUAAUGUAAGUGGAGAGCCUAAAUUAAUUCCAUAGACCUCUGUUCAUCACUAUGGUGGAACAGGGACAAGUGACAACUUGAUCCUCAAUCUUCCUAACAGAGCAACAGAAAACUGCUGAUGCUGGAAAUAUUCAGCAGAUCAGGCAGCAUCUGUGGAGAAACAAACAGUUAAUUUUUCAGACACCAACCUGACACCUUUUAUUUCUGCUUCUCGCUGCAUAGAAACUGAUUGAUCUCCUGAAUAUUUCCAUCAUUUUCUGUUUUUUUAACCUCAGUCUUCCUAUCUUGUCCACAAGCAACAGGCACUAAUGUAAGUUUGUAAUCACACUCCCCCCACCCCCUGCCCCAGUCUUGCUGUGGUGUAAGCACAGCCAUUGAGCUAAGGGUAGCCCAAAAACUGACCUGUAAUUUCACAGGGAAAUAGAAGUUCAACGAUUUGAGUACUGAGGAUAUGUUGAUCACAGGGCUGGGAAUCUGAAUCCCACUCCCAGCUGGUUUCUAUCCAUCCAUGAUAGCAGUCAAAGGAUACAGUCCACAGACCAAAGCUAUCAACCCUCACCAGUAGGAGAGGGUGCACUCUGUCAGAGAGAAGAGAGGAAGGUAGAAAAAAAUUAAAUAACCCAGGAACAAUUUGUAAAUUCUUAUUCAUAAUUUUGUAUAUAUCAGAUAUUUGGUACUUAAAGAUUUACACAGCAAUUUUUGGGGGAAGAAUAAACAGGCUUCUGACGUGAAUUGUUUUAGUUGUUGUGUGUAGGGGGACACAAUUUUUGACAUCCCCCCCGCCCAUGGAAAACAUUCUUUUCAACCUUUCUUUGUGAAUAAUGCCAUUCUAUUUUUAAUACAACUUACCCACUACAUUUAUAAUGUUUUCUAUUGCUUUGUCUGCUUCUUCCUAUGUUGCCAGUCUGAAAUAAAUGGUAAGUCGCUGCACAUAUCUCAAACAUUACACUGUUCAUUAAUUGAAUAGCAGAUUCGGAUACGCAAUCCACACCAAUGGCUAUUUUGUGAAGUUGUGUUUAUGAGCUCUUUGUAUGAAGUUUUAUGUGUAAUAUUUCCACAGUGUGAUUGAAAAUGGGACAAGGAACUUUUGUAGCCUCUUAAAGGGAUUUUGAGAUAAGUGGCCAAAGUGGGUAGACACAAGUAAUUGUUUAAAACAAAUGAAUCAUAUUUAUUUUUCUCAUUUAAAUUAUUUAUACCGCCAUGUUUUAUGUAGAUGCGUGAGAACUAUUCUUGCCAUAUAAAGUAUUGUAUUAUUGCAGACUUUUAAAUGUCAUCAAAAUAAAGUAGCCAAAACUGA